AGUUAGUAGCAGUCAGCUGCUAGUUCUGGGCGGAUCGAAUUCCCAGUCUGGGCAGAGGGAGAGAUUCUUGCCUUCAUUUUAACUUCAACCCUGCUGCCUCCCGUGACACACUCGUCUCCAGAUUGAGUUAUAUUUUUUUUUAUUGUUUUAUCAGUCUGACUCUUGAAUCUUUUAGCUGUAGAUAAAUUUCUUGUAAAGUAGUACUCAAAUCAGUUAAAUGGAGUCGACUAACGACUAUGAUGUCGUGAGAAAUAUGACAUUACUUUUUUUUCUGGAACGACUGUUGGAACGGGGGCAGCCGAGGUCACUUCACGAUUUGAGCUGUCAAUUUGGCUCAAAAGGUUUUACUAAAACUAUGAGACAAAUUGCAGGUGGCUCACAAUCUGGAUUGAAGAAGUUUCUUUCCCAGUAUCCAUCAGUAUUUACUGUUGAUGGAGACUUUGUUACAGCAGCUGUUCUGACUGGUCCUGAUUCAAGCAGAAACCAGCAAAAUUCAAAUGGUAAACGAGACUACGAGCAGGAAGCUGUAGAUUAUUUCCACAACAAGAUGCAACAGUAUGGAGCUGGCAUUGAAGUUCCUAUGAGAAGUCUGCUUGGUCAUCGCUCACAAGCUUCUCCUGAAAUUCGCCACAUAACUGGACAGCACAUUCGAGAGUUUAAAGAUUUCCUGGAAAGGCAUCCUGAAGUAUUCAUUAUGCAUGACGAAUCUAUCUUCCUGAAAGAAUACGAAGGCAUGGAGAUCAAACCUUUCAAAGAACUUGAGCAGAUCAAGCUGGAUCCAGAACUAACAAAUAAGUUUUUGAUAUAUUUCAGAAUGUUUGUAGAAAGGAAUGGACCAAAGCAUGUCGAAGAAUUGUUGGAAGCUGUUACGAAAAGCUAUCCUAGAGAAUCAUGGGUCAAUCUUUUCAGCACAAGUCAUGACUUGACCACAUUCUUCAAGCUGCAUUCCAACAUUUUCCAUGUCCAAGCAAAUAUUGUUGACAUCAUUCCCUACAAUCUCCGAAAAGCAGCUGAGAUCACUGAGGCGCCUCAUGUUACCAAGACUCAAGAGCUAACUUCGUUUUCGCCUCCUCCUUCACUGCAAUCUUCCCAGGAAAAACAGAGUCUCAAGCAACGUGUCAAUUCAAUUGUAAUGAAGACCUUAGCAGAAAACACUGGUCGUGAUAGGACUCCUGCUGGGCACGAAUCUCCUACAAAAGAAGUAACCUCUCCGUCCAAAAUGCGAGUCCUUCAGUCAACACGGGUCAUCAGUUCAACUAAAGAAAGUAUUAUUGUUGUUAACGAUAUAAUGAGUUCCCAGAAAGUCGUCUCGUUAGACCUCGAAGGUGUCAAUGUCGGUGGUAACAACGGAGAGGUAACAUUGGCUGUGAUUGGACUCCCUUCUGGUGUUAUUUACAUUUUCGAUUUGAUUACUUGCCCAGCCAUUAUGAGUCAAGGAAUGCUUGCCAACUUGAUUAUAUCUAAAGAAAUCGUCAAGGUCUGUCAUGACUGCAAAAAUGAUAGUGCAGCUUUGAAUUUGGGCUGGAAUGUGAAAUUGGAAAACGUAUUCGACACACAGGCUGCACAUGCUGUCGUCCAGUUGCAAGAGACGGGUCGUGCAGUACAUAAAGUCAAGACGACUAGUUUGAACGCUAUGUGUGAAAAUUACGAUCUACCUACUAAUCCGUUCAAAGAAUUGGUCAAGACUAUCUAUAAACGAGAUCAGCGUUUUUGGGCCCGAAGACCGCUGACUAGGGACAUGAUUUUAUACGCGGCUUAUGACGUGAUGCCACUAGUUCCGCACCUUUACGACUUGCUCAACAACACUGUGAAGCCUGAAUUCCGCCCGCUGUUGGAGGAACUAUGCGCCGAAAACUUGCUUGCCUUGCUGCAACCUGAUGAAGUGAAAAGAAGCAAAAAAGAGCGCAAGAUGGAAAUGGAGGUCUUGGAGUUGCGCCAGAAGUUAGCUGCCGUGCAGGGGAAGGGAGUUGUGCUUAGCAACCGAGAAAUCCGAUUACUUAGGCAUUUGGAUUUGACUGAAGAAGAAAGGGAAAAGCUUGAUGGAUCUUACAAAGUGGCUAAGAAACUUGAAAAGCUUCAGUCUAAAAGACAAGAUCAACAGCAGAACUCACUGGGGGGUACCAGUGACGACGCUAAUGAUGGCAACGAAUCACCUACUGCCGAUGGCGAAUCACGAAGUCUGGAUUCGCAAGGAAGCAGCGAAAAAACAUCGCCUGAAACUUCGCUCAUUGGUUCGAAUGGCUGUCCUCUGUCGCCUUCUAGCUCGGUUCGGUCACCUUAUUCAAGCCUGAGCCUAACCGCAUCAAUGCAGCUAGUAGAUGAGAUUUUGUCUGACCAGCGCAUUGAAAAAAUGGAUAAGAUUGAACGUCUCGAAGCUAUCCUAUCGGCUGCCACAGCGAGCAGCCCUUCGUCCAUCACGCUGUCUUCUAGUGAACUGAGUAGCAGCUGUUGUAAUUGCGAUUGCCAUAGCACUACCAAGUACGUUUUGCAGCGCGACUCUCUUCCCGGGAGGUAUAUGUCAGAUGUUGGCUGUCAAACACUUUCCACCGGUGACAUAGUAAUCACCAAAGUCUAUUUCCCUGAGGGGGACACUUCUGCCUCGGAUAUCUGCCUAUCGCCUUCACCCAAAAAGACGAAACCCGCCCAGUUUCAGUAGAAUUGUAAUCUUUCGUAAUUACGAAUAAGCGUCUAUGCAACAUUUUUAUUCCUUACUAUUUAUAUAAUUCUGUUGAUUUAUCUCUUAGAGUAAGGAAGUAGCAUGAAAGCUAUAGAUACCAGAUAAUACUGCCUUAGUGUGUGAAUGACAAGGUUGCUUGACACUCUUGUGAUGAAUUUUAUGUUUUUGUAAUCAUUUGACAAGGCCUUACAGUGGAAACUAAUUUCUGACUUUUCCUAUUGAACAUUUCACUUUUUUAAUCUGUUUAAAUAGAAGAAACAAUUAACUUUUCUGUGCAUUGCACAUCUCUUGACAGCAAAGAAGACUGUAGUGUAAGAGAAUAUUUUGUUGUUUCACUAGUGCUUUUUAAUGCUUAUGGGGAUUCCAAAGCUGUGUACAUUACAUUGUCUUGUCUUGCAGGUCUGACAAACUUCUUUUAAUGGAAGUGUGUUAAGAAAUGGAACUAUCAAAUCUCACUAACAAUUUUAGCUAUAUCCUCAAAACACUUUCAGAUUUUGAGGAAUGUGUAUUUUGAGGAAAAUGCAAUCAGUCAAUACAAAGUGGAAAAGAG